AUGUUUGAUUUGCCCAUUAAAGCGCCUGACAGCAUUCUAGAAGCCGAGGUCGUACUGGUAGUUACGAGUAUUCCUGGAGAAUUUGAUGAAUCAUUUGAAUCUGUUGCGGUUGUUGUUGCUGUUGCUGCUGGUGUAGCUGUUGGUUUUGUAGUUGGUGUAGCUGUUGUUGAUGCAGUUUGUAUUGCUGUUGAUGUUCCUGUUGGUGUUGCUAAUGUUGUUGCUGUUUGUGCUGCUGUUGUUGACGCUGUUUGUCUUUCUGUUGCUUUUGGUGAAGCUGUUGGUGUUGCCGGUGAUAAUGGUGUUGCUGUUGUUGUUGGUGUUGCCGUUUCUGUUUGCGUUGCUGUUGGUGAUGGUGUUGCCGAUGCUGUUGUUUCCAUUUCUGUUUGCGUAACUGUUUGUGAUGGUGUUGCCGUUUCUGAUUGUGCUGCUGUUGGUGAUGGCGUUGCUGUUGCCGUUUCGGUUUGUGUUGCUGUUGGUGUUGCCGUUUCUGAUUGCGUUGCUGUUGUUGAUGGUGCUGCCGUUUCUGUUGGCGUAGCUGUUGCUGCUGGUAUUGCCGUUUCGGGUGUUGCCGUUUCUGUUGGCGUAGCUGUUGCUGCUGGUAUUGCCGUUUCUAUUUGUGUUGCUGUUGGCGAUGGCGUUGCGUUUGCCGUUUCUGUUUGUGUUGCUGCUGCUGUUUGCGUUUCCGCUUCCGUUUGCGUAGCUGUUGGUGAUGGUGUUGCUCUUUCUGUUGCCGUUGCUGUUGCUGCUGGUACUGCCGUUUCUGUUUGUGUUGCUGUGGGUAAGGGCGUUGCUGUUGUCAUUUCGGUUUGUGUUGCUGUUGGUGUUGAUGUCGAUGUCAGUGUUGUCGUUUCUGUUGGCGUUGCUGUUACUGUUGCUGUUGAUGAUGGUGUUGCUGUUGCUGUUGAAGUUUCUGUUACUGUUCUUGUUGUUGACGCUCUUUGUGCUGAUGUUUCUAUUGUUGCGUCAGCUUUGGGUGAUUCAGAAUGA